UGUUCCAUCCUGAACUCCCACUUCUUUCAUAAAAGAGACAGUAUGAUGACAAAGGGCUCCCUCUCGCUUCUAUGGUAUGCCCUGCUGCCGCUGUUGGCGGCUGGUUUUCAAGUGCUUCCACAGUCGGUGGUUGGAAGCUGUCACAUUCACAGCCACACAGCGUUGUCUGUCAACCCCAACGCCAUUGUGGAACCCGAAGAAAGUGAGCGACGUGGCAUUAGUCCCAAUCAGAUCAAGACGUUGCGAAAGGAAGCCUCGAAACGACUGGCGCGAAAGCUUCUAGUGCAGCGCACCUUCGAGAAUGAUAAAGACAGUUUUGACGAAUUUUUGCAAAGAGUGCGUCAAGAUUUGGACGACAACGAACUGGUGCAAGUCCGGGGAGUGAGUUUGGAGGACAAACGGUUGGUCUACCAGAGUGCCCAUCAAUUGGCGUACGACCUCAGUGUGGUGUUGCAACGAGGCAUUACGGUGGUCCAGAUUCAAGGGCAUGCUGUGACACUCUUUAGUCCGAGUUCCGAUCCCAAAAAGCGAAAGAUGUUGCUCCGAACCAGUUUCCAAGAGGGUGCCUGGACACCCAGAGAAAAAGCCCCAAGGGAUCAUCGGGGGCAGAUUGUCAAGGAGUGAGAGAGGGAAUUUAUUUGUGCCAGCAAUAUGCAGUUACGGUAGAGAACGAGAGGAGGAAGGAAAUUUUACUCUUUGCAAGCGAGGUCCGGGUUUUGUAAGGACGCGAGAUUUUAAUCAAAUUCAAAAGCUGAGAUCCAAUGGCCAACUCUUGGAAUGGACCUGAAAAUUGCAAUUCACAUUAAUAAGCAAAAUUCCUGAAAGAAACAAAGAAGGAAUAAUUAUUUCAUCCAACAACUCCUGCGAAGAUAUGUUUGGGUGCCGUUACCCAAUCCACAGCUAUCCACGUCCACAAUGGAUUCAGGAUCUCUGAUUUGACAAAUCACAUAUCUCGUUCAAGACACUUGAUGUUGUUGGUCCCGUCCGUGUCGUUUUCUUUGGCAAUUGUUGACUUCUCGGAUCAAAUGGAAAAAUCCUGCAGGAAAGAUGCAUAGGCAGCAACCGCACUUCAGUUUCGAGAUGACAUUUUUUGUGACUACUAGCGGUAUUGUUUAUUAUUCUGUUUUCUAAGCGAAUCGAAUCAUGGCG